CAUCAUGUUUUAGUGGGAAACGGCUCCCUCCUGUGGCACAAGGACAUGCUGAUCUCACUCUGCCAGGCUGUGCUCGUUUAUGUGGCCCUUCUGUGGUUCGUGAGGGUGACCGAUGGGAUGCCCGACCCCACUCAGAGAGACCUGCUGAUGCGUCAGGAGGCGUCCAGACAGACGGGAGGCCGAGUGACGCUGACGGCAGCUGAGCAGAAGCUGGACUCUUACCUCCGUCGGUUAAAGGAGCAGGAGAUGUCUGCUGCUCCGUUCCCUCCUGCUGUCCACUUCUUCAAAGCAAAGCCUCUCAUCCAGAAGAGCCCCGUCUUCAAACUGCUGCAGAAGAUGCCAAAAGGCGCAGCCCUCCACAUCCACAGCUCGUCUCUGGUCAGCGCCGAAUGGCUGGUCAGAAACGUCACCUACAGACCUCGCUGCUACAUCUGCUUCACCUGGGACAACUCGGUGCGCUUCCUGUUCUCAGAGCGCCAGCCCUUCCCACGAUGGGACUGCUUCUACUGGCAGCUGCUCCAGACCUUGAGAGCCCGAAUAGGAGACCCUACAGCCUUUGAUAACAGUUUGAUUCAGCACCUCACGCUGUUUACCGAGGAUCCAGACGGUGAAUAUCCAAGCCAAGAUGUUGUGUGGGAGAAGUUUGAGAAAGCCUUCAUUGCAGCUGCAGGACUGAUUACGCACGCCCCUGUGCUGAGGGACUACUACUAUAAGGGUCUAGAGGAGCUGCACCAUGACAACAUCAUGUACCUGGAACUGAGGAGCGGCCUUUCAAGGUCGUACGAACUUGACGGAACCAUCCACGAUAAGGUCUGGACUCUGAAAACCUUUCAAGAAGUCACAAAGAAAUUUACAGCAGAUCAUCCAGACUUCCUCGGCGCCCGAAUCAUCAUUUCUGUCCACAGGGCUCUGACUGUGACUGAGGUCAAAGCAGCUAUAAAAGAUGCCAUUCAGCUGCAAAAGGACUUUCCUGAUGUUGUUGCAGGAUUCGACAUGGUUGGCAGGGAGGACAGUGGAGGGACUCUUUGGUACUUCAGAGAGGCUCUUUCUCUGCCAGCUCAACUGGGUGUCACGUUGCCAUACUUCUUUCACGCAGGGGAGACGGACGAUGAAGGCUCCAACGUCGAUCAAAAUAUUCUGGACGCCCUUCUGUUCAACACCACUCGCAUUGGGCACGGCUUCGCUUUGGCUCACCAUCCACUUGCCAAAGAGCUUUCCAGGAAAAGAAAUGUGGCUGUGGAGCUUUGUCCCAUCUCAAACCAGGUGCUGAAGCUGGUGUCAGAUCUUAGGAACCACCCUGCAGCUGUGCUGAUGGCUGAGGGCCACCCGAUGGUGAUCAGCUCUGACGACCCGUCUCUGUUCGGCACCGCAGGCCUCUCCUACGACUUUUAUCAAGCCUUUGUGGGCAUCGGAGGACUGAAAGCAAACCUGGGAACGCUGAAAGAGCUGGCUGUCAACUCUAUCAGGUACAGCUCGCUGCCAGCUCAUCUGAAGGACACAGGUCAGGCCAUGUGGCAGAAAAAAUGGGACGCCUUUAUCUCUGACAAUUUAUGACAGCAAAUAAUAACACAUCCUGUUUGACUUGAAUUAUGCUUGUCAUAACGUUAAACUAAAGCAAACAUAUAAAGGUCAUUAACAGCUUUAAAAAAAAAAAAAAAAAAAGGAUAUCGCUUCUGUGGAGCUUUCGUGUCUUUGUAAAGGACAGGCUGUUCGUUUUUUAGGAUGUUCUGGUCUGAUAUGGCAAAGUAGGUGAUGUAAGUAUCUUAAAACUCUCUGGAAUACUUCCUUUUCCUGAAGCAACCGCAAAGAAGCUUUACAAUAAACCUGCUGGAGAAAAAUGAUCCUGAAGCCUUUCACUGUCCUCUGUGGAGAGCUUAGUUCACUACAACAGCAGUAAAAGUCACCCACAGUCAAUC